GUGCACCUUAUUGUCUACUCCAACAUGUCACACGAAGUGCCCUAUGAAGUAACCCGAUGUGAAAUAGAAUUAAAGUGUGCAUGAUCUGACAAGAUACUUUGCGCUUUGGGGGAUUGAUAGGGUAACAAGUGCGGUUGCUCAGCGAUGGAGUGGUUCCUUCGCACUUGUUGAAGUCUAGAGUGUUUCUGUAAGGUUUAAGGCUUGUUAGUUACAUUUUUUUGUUGUUUUAUUUUCUGCAACAUGAAACUAUUGGACAUAAGUCAUUUUUAAGUAGGUUCUUACUUUAAUCAUAGGUGAAUGUGAUGUUUUUCUACUCAAAAAGCAAGUGCAGGGACAACGACAGUGAUAUUUAAACUUCUGAAACAGUGUCUGCGUCGAACAUCACAGUGGACAACGCUUAGGGCUACCAUAUGUGUUCGCAUCCUAGGAGAGGACAAGAGACAGGGGUCUCAGUCUUGGAUGUGGAACAGUCAGAGGCCAAGGACUUGAAACAGGAAACGCCCCGAGUGGCGCAAAUGACAUUCUCUAUCUGCUGGACCACCUGUUGCAGCCGCCAUCUGGGGUGGCUUGUGUUCAUGUUGGUGGCGGGACAGACCGUAUUUGGGGGCGACAUAUUGGAAGAAUGUGGUGGACGGGACUGCACCACAUGCCAGUGUUUCCCUGCCAAAGGAGCACGGGGUCCCCCAGGUGCUCCAGGUAAUCAGGGCCCGGAGGGGAACCCAGGAUCCUAUGGCCCUCAGGGGCCACCAGGAGAACCUGGACAUCGUGGGGAGGAGGGGUUCCAUGGGGUGUCCGGUCCGAAAGGAGAUGAGGGUAUCACUGGGCCUCCAGGAUAUCCCGGAUUAGAUGGUAUUCCUGGCUAUCCUGGGCCAGGAGGUAUCCCAGGCCUUCCAGGGCUGGAUGGGUGUAAAGGGGCUAUGGGGGACGCUGGGUUCCCAGGCAUCCCUGGCCUUAACGGGCCUAUUGGAGCUGUGGGUUUUCCAGGAAUUAAAGGAACACAAGGAAGCUCUGCUGUUCAGUUCAUCCAGUACCCUGGCAUACCUGGUGACCCUGGGCCUCCAGGAGUGUCUGGCCUGCCUGGUGAACAAGGCCGUCCAGGUCUAAGAGGUUCUAUUGGGCCAAUUGGUUAUGAUGGGGAAGAUGGUUUCAUUGGUGCACCUGGGCUAAGGGGGUCCCCAGGAGAGAAAGGAAGAUCGUUACCAGGACAAAAGGGAGAUGAGGGAGACCAAGGAACACAGGGGCCCCCGGGGCCAUUUGAAUUUGUGGAUCCUCCAGAAGAUUUCUACAUCAAAGGAAGCCAGGGGGACCAAGGUAUGAAGGGGGAGUGUGGGCCCAGAGGAAUGAAUGGACUUGAUUCUUCCCUAGGAAUUAAAGGAGAAAUGGGAAUUGUUGGAUUUCCCGGAGUCAGGGGCUUUCCUGGAUUCCCUGGUCUACCUGGCUUACCUGGAAUAAAGGGGCUUUUCGGGAGCCGUGGACUACCUGGUCUGAUUGGAAAUGAAGGACCGAAGGGCUUUGCAGGGGAACCAGGCCUCAAAGGAAGCACUGGGUUCCAGUACAUCAAUGAUACAGGACCUAUGGGAGGGCUGGGGUUACCAGGACAACCUGGUCUCCCAGGAGAUGUUGGGGAGAUGGGGAUGCAUGGUCCCCCAGGAUAUCUAGGAAUAUCCAUCCCAGGUCCUGAUGGGAAACCUGGUGGACGUGGAGUUCCUGGGGAAACAGGUUCUCGGGGAGAACCUGGGAGGUUUUAUUCUGAUGGUCCUUCAGCGGGCGAGCCUGGUAAACAGGGCCUUCUAGGAGCUAAAGGACAAAAAGGACAGAGGGGCUUCCCAGGUUUGUACUGCACAGCAGGAGAGCCAGGGGAACCAGGGCAAGAUGGAGUCCAAGGUCCACCAGGGGGUAGAGGGUUCCCAGGUUACAAAGGUAGUGCUGGUGCCUGUGACUGUGGGCCUUCAAUACCACUGGUGGGGGAGCCUGGUUCUAUCGGACCCCCAGGGUUGCCUGGGUUACCUGGCAUCUCAGGGCCAACUGGACUGAGAGGCGACAGCGGUUUUUCAGGAGAACCCGGAGAACGUGGACCAGCCGGACUGCCAGGGUUUCCAGGGGCUCGAGGGUUCAAAGGUCCGAAAGGGGACCUCUACAUAAUGGAUAUCAAAGGAAAGAAGGGAGCAAUGGGCUCCCGAGGGCCCCCUGGUCAACAGGGAGCCACAGGAAUGAGGGGACAAGAUGGUUUCCCAGGUACACCUGGCGAUGAAGGCCCAAAGGGGGAUAGCUUUUCAGGGUUUCCUGGUGAGAGAGGUUUUCGAGGAUUGGAUGGGCCUAAAGGGUUCCCCGGAGCCGCUGGUUCCCCAGGUUUGGAUGUCAUAGGUGCUGUGGGACUCAGGGGGCCCCCAGGGGAUGCGGGACCCCCAGGAUUCAGGGGGCCUGUUGGCCCCAAAGGAGUCCAAGGAGAUACUCUGCCCUGUGUGCCCAGUAAUCCCGGAGCACCUGGAGAGAAGGGAGAUGCUGGACAACAAGGACUCGCUGGUGGGACAGGUCCCCCUGGGUACAGAGGACUUCCUGGACCUGACGGCGUAAAGGGACAGAAAGGAGACUUAGGGCAGGCAGGACCAACUGGAAUCAAAGGCUCUGUGGGGUGUGAAGGAGACGUAGGAGAUCCAGGCAAAGAAGGCCUGAGCUAUGAUGGUUCUCCUGGGUCCCCUGGCCUAAGGGGCCCUACGGGGCUCAAGGGCCCAGUUGGAGACUCAGUCCCUGGAGCUCCAGGACCAAUAGGAUUCACUGGACCACUGGGCCUAUCAGGACCUAAGGGAGUUCCAGGGCCACCUGGUCCAACUGGAUUAACAGGUGAAGCAGGUUUGCCAGGUUACCUGGGGACUAAAGGGGAGCGUGGAGAGAGUGGUGCUACAGGCAGAACUGGAUCUCCUGGACCCUCCCCCUUGUGUGAAAGCGGGGCCAAAGGCAUCGCAGGGCCCCCUGGACCAGCAGGGGAUCAAGGCCCUCCAGGUUGCGCUGGUGUGAAAGGUGAUGUCGGACCAGAAGGUUUGCCUGGCACCGGCCCUAAAGGGAUGGUUGGGAAAAAUGGAUCUCCGGGCUUUCCUGGGUACCCCGGUGCGCAGGGUCCCACCGGCCCUAUAGGGGACUCAGGUGUACCAGGAGCAGAUGGGCAGAAAGGUCAGAGAGGUGCACCUGGAAGAGAAGGAUCCUCAGGGGACCCAGGGAGGAACGGGGCCCUAGGACCUCCAGGGAGGAAAGGGGAGAGAGGCUUCGAUGGCCAACCAGGCUUUCCUGGAGACGAAGGAGUCAAAGGAGGAAAGGGUAGCAAAGGGGCCUUUGGGAACCCUGGAAACACUAAUCUUAUCCCCAUCAAAGGAUCACCAGGUCCUCCUGGGGCACCUGGUCUAGAUGGUUUCACUGGGCAACGAGGGAGUAAGGGUGUUAUGGGAAGACAGGGUGAGCCAGGAUAUGCAGGGGUUGGUGGACCCCCUGGUGUGGAGGCUGGACCUCGCGGGCCAUCUGGCUCCUGUGGGCAGCAGGGGGACACUGGCCUACCAGGUUUUACGGGCCAGAGGGGCAUCACAGGCUUCCCUGGAGAACCUGGAGACCAGGGUGACCCUGGGUUAACAGGUCCGUCUGGCACGCCUGGCUUCCCAGGAUACACUGGCAUCAAAGGUGACAGAGGGGACUCCAUUGGUGCUCCACCUGGUCCGCCUGGUGACAGGGGACCCCGUGGGGAAGACGGGAUACCUGCUUCAUCUGGUGAGAAAGGUGAUCAAGGAGAACCAGGAUUCUCAGGCGCACCAGGGCCUAAAGGAUUGCCUGGCCCUCCGGGAUCCAUUGGGCCACCUGGUCCUCCAGGUGUCUUCGGACCACCAGGACCUGGUGGGAGGCCGGGGGCCGAGGGCCCCCAAGGAAAUCCGGGAGUGCCCGGUCUCGAGGGAGAGCAGGGGCCCCAGGGACUCAAAGGUCCUCCAGGGCCGCUGGGCCUACAUGGGCUGGAUGGGCUGAAGGGUGUGAAGGGAGAUGUUGGAACAAGAGGACCUGGUGUGCCAGGACCUCCAGGGUAUGUGGGGCCAAAAGGAGACAAGGGAUCCAGAGGCUGUCAAGGCCCCCAGGGGCCAAUCCAGUCUGGGCCACUGGGGCCAAAGGGCCAAUCAGGAUUCACAGGUAGUCCAGGACCUAUGGGUGCCACAGGCCAGCCAGGUGUUGACUGUACCAACCCCAUUCCAGGGCACUGUGGAGAGGCAGGCUUCCCUGGGCGAGAUGGAAACCCUGGCCCACCUGGGGACAUUGGGCUUCCUGGUCGUGCUCUGCCAAGGACUGGAGACGAGGGGGAUAAUGGUGCGCCUGGGUUUCCUGGGCUGAAGGGGGAGAAGGGGUCUCUAGGAGUCUAUGGGCUACCUGGCAUUGCAGGAUUACCUGGCUUCAAAGGUGAGCUUGGUAGUCCUGGGUUAAUGGGGAUUCCAGGAUACAGAGGACCCUCUGGAACUUGCGGCCCACCUGGAUGUAAGGGGGCCCAGGGCCAGAAGGGAGACCCAGGACCAAAAGGAGAAGUAGGGUCAGUGAUGUUUCAGGACAACACAUCAGCCCCUCCCGGGCCCCCAGGAGCUCCAGGUAUACCAGGCCAAGAAGGCUUUCCUGGAGCCCCAGGAGUAAAUGGCAGAGACGGACCGAAAGGGAGGAAUGGACCUUUGGGGUCCCCGGGUUUUCCUGGGCCAGAUGGUCCUCCAGGUCCAGGUGGAGCCCCUGGAGAUAGAGGAGCCCAGGGAGAUAGGGGGGUCUUGGGUCUACAGGGGGAACAAGGUCCCACUGGAGACCCUGGAAGCCCAGGACCAAGCACCGUCUUCAACGCUGGCUUCCUUUUAGUGAUGCACAGCCAAUCAGAGACUCUCCCUUCGUGCCCUGCUGACAUGGCAGAGCUGUGGACGGGCUACAGCCUCCUCUACCUGGAGGGCCAGGAAAAAGCUCACACACAGGACCUUGGCCAGGCAGGCUCCUGCAUGCGCCUGUUCAGCACCAUGCCCUUCUCCUACUGCAACAUGGGCACCUGUGACUAUGCCAGCCGCAACGACAAGUCCUACUGGCUUUCCACUACGGCAGCUGUGCCCAUGAUGCCUGUGGCUGGCACAGAGAUAAAGGAGCACAUCAGCCGCUGUGUGGUGUGUGAAGUGACCUCCCCGGCCGUAGCUAUACACAGUCAGGACACCAGCACGCCACAGUGCCCUCCCAAAUGGAGGAGUUUGUGGAUGGGGUACUCUUUCCUUAUGCACACAGGCGCUGGUGAUGAGGGGGGUGGGCAGUCUCUGACAUCGUCGGGAAGCUGCCUCCGAGACUUUCGUGCCCAGCCUUUCGUGGAGUGUCAGGGACCGCGUGGCACGUGCCACUACUUUGCCAACGUCUACAGUUUCUGGCUGACGCGUGUGGACAGGAGCGGACAGUUCAGCUCCUCCUCACAAGCCACGCUAAAGGAUGAGAGGCAGCAGCGCCUGAAUGUGGGGCGUUGCAACGUCUGCAUGAAGGAGUAGUCCAGUCCUUCUUGGUCGGGUGCCUUCAACAAGGUCUGCCUCCAGCACACAUCCUAACAAGAACUGCACUGAAAAUGCACUGCGAUUGGUACAAGAGGCAAUUUCACACCCCUACUGGUCACAGAGGCUGUGACCGUGCUUGCUGGUUACCUGCAAGUCUGUGAACAUUUACUAUUAUAUUCCUAACUUGUUUUAUCCAAAGCUUCUUCAGCAAACAUACUUGAUUAUUAUCCUUUAUAUUAUCCUGUGCUGAUUCAUUUACAAGGAUACAAUAGUAUUAGAUUCAGCAACUGCAGUAUUUUGUUUUGUAAAUUGGCUGAAAGCUAAUAAUCAUGUAUUAUGUACCCAGGAUUUAAUAUUUUUGUCAGAUUACCUCAAUGGAAAGGUUUUAAAACAAGUGGCCUACACAAUUAUAAUAUGUCAAAAGUCAAUUAGAUUAAAAACUUUUGCACAUUUAAAAAUAAAAAUAAAUGACAAAGAUAACAAACAAUAUUACACAGUGCGGGGAGAGACAGAAUACCCAUACAUAAUGCUAACAAUUUCACAAUAGUACAGAGUACACAAAAUUAAUGGACGGAAAAAAUAAUAUGACUACAUGAAAGUGAUGACAAACUAACAGCAACAACAUAAAAAUACAAAAUUACUCUGUGUGUGACGUGCAAGAGUGUUUGUUUGUGUGUGUGCGUAAGUGUAUGCAUUUAUUUGUGAGAGAAAUACUGGUUUAUACGCCUGUAUUGACUCCUGAGCAAGAGUAAUGAAACAUGUCACUUUGAGUGAAACAAAACAUGGAUGCAUGAACAAUACAUGGGGGAAAUAACUUACAUAACAGCAGUUAAUUGUUUUUUUUCAAGAAUCUUUUGUAACAUUUUAUAUAGAGUUUUUUUUCCAGGUUGGAAAAGCCAUGCCAAGAUUUGGUACUCAUAGAUCUUAUCGAAAAUGUAUUCAACUGUCUGUUGCCAGGGAUGGUGCACAUAACCACCUUUUGGUAGCAGGGAAAACUUCAACAAGCAGUAUAUAUCAGUACGGUUUAGUACGUUAAAGCUUUCAGUGCCUCAUUGAAGAACUUGAAGUCAACUGAAGGGAAGACUUGAAGAAUCCUAAACAAGUAUAACUGUUUAAAACAGUGAACAGGUGCUAUAUAGUUUAUGACAUCAUUUAUUACAUGCAGUAUGUACAACGUCUCAUGUGGAAUUGGUUUUGAUUUUGAAAGUAAACAGAAGUACAUAGUGGCGGAAAUGAUGAUUAAAUGUUCAGUCUCUCUUGGUUUGAUACCUCAGCAGCACAAUUCAAAGACAGCUAAACUUCCUCUUCAUUUGGGUAGGCCAGAGUUCUCUGCUCUCAUGUUAAUUACACUGCUGUGUUGCUGAAUCAGAUCAGUUAUAUAUUGUAAUAGUGAAUCAUCACAUUAUUUGAUAAUAUUCCAUCUGCAGAUGUUAUAUACAGCAGAUCUUCAACUAACUAUCAAAACGUAUUAAUUAGUCAUAUAAAACUUUAACACUGAACAGUUGCUGUUUCUGCAUAAAAAUGGUUUCCUUUUUGAGCAUCUACAGAAAAUAUACAGGGGAUAUUUGAAAGUUUUAUUAUGAAUUAUUCUACGUCACCUCACUCCCGCUUUGUCAGACAAGAACAUGUUGUACCCACCGAAUGCUCUUUUUAAAUACUUUCUUUUACUAUCUUGAUGUGUGUAUAGUACUUAACUCAGUAUCAUUAAUUCAUAAUUAUGUAGAGAUGUAUGUAUUAGUCGCCAUUCUGUUUUCAUUUUAGAUUGUAAGAGCUGUUAACGAGUGGUCAGUAAAUCAUUUAGCUUUCAGUCAUCUCCCUGAUUAACUAGGUUAUUGUCAGUUGUUCACCCAUCUUUAAAAAAAAAAUCCUCCUCAUUAAACUCCCCAUACUGUUUCAUACGUGUCUGAGUCUUCAGACCUUUAACACACAACAUAUGUAAUCUAA